UCCGUAAUCGAUAAUUUUGUUGACCGAUAAAUUGUAGUAGUAUUGUUCUAACGCGUAGCCAACAAAACAGAGAAAAUAAAUAAAUAAUAUUUAUUUAGGUGGUUUCGUGUGGCGUAUACAUAAUGUGGAAGCAUUUUACAAUCACAUUGACGCUACUUGCCAGUUUUGCCACCCUGGCGUCUGGCAAAUCAGAUCCCGGCAUCAUUAACGUUGUUAUAGAUCAGGAUCUGCAACCGAUUGUGGAGCAGCGUCCGCUGUUGGCUAAUACAAAGAUCUAUAUAAAACUGGAAUGCUCUUCUGACGGGGAAGUUCCAUUAGCCAUUAACUUUAAGUUGACGAAACAUCCAUGUCUAUACGAUGCUCGAUUUCUGCAAACACUCAACGACAAGCCGAAUCUGCAAAAAAAUGUUAGCUUGAGUCACCUUGUGAAAUCCACGAAUAUAUAUGCCAACUGCACGCAUCUUAUCGUACUAAGCGAUGCCGCGGAGGUCGCUGGCAAACAGGCGCCGGAGGAAGUGCAUGAGCUGAAGAAGAGCCGAAAUCCACUUUCGGCAAUACCCAGGGCAAUUGCGAGUAUUGUUGAAGAUGGCAUCUACGAGCUGGAGCUGACCAUACUAACGUCUCCACCUGGUCAACCUUUUCAUGCCACGGUGCAUAUUGAAUUCCUCAGUCCACAUGGCUAUAUAUCAGCCAUCGAUUGGCCCUUUUUGCCGUUCUAUUUGAUCAUGUGCGUAGUCUACGUCAUAUUUGGCAUCAUUUGGCUAUUUGUUUCAUUUGCCCAAUGGCGUGAUUUGCUGCGCAUACAAUUCUGGAUAGGAGGUGUCAUACUGCUUGGCAUGUUGGAGAAAGCCUUCUUCUAUGCAGAGUAUCAAACGGUGUCCAAUACAGGCUAUCCCGUGCAACAUGCUGAACUAGUAGCUGAGUUUGUAUCCUGCGCUAAGCGCACACUAGCUCGAAUGUUGGUCAUCAUAAUGAGCCUGGGCUUCGGCAUAGUCAAACCUCGCUUGGGUCCUAUGCUGCAUCGCGUUGUAGGCGUGGGCACUUUAUACUUUGUAUUGGCCUGCGUGGAGAGCUAUUUGCGCAUUACCCGGGUCAAAAGCGAUCGCAGUGAGCUGCUCUUGUCUACCAUACCGCUCGCUGUGCUGGAUACUGUAAUUUGCUGGUGGAUAUUCACAUCGCUCGUACAGACAACGCGCACGUUGCGGCUGCGCAGAAAUAUGGUUAAGCUCUCACUGUACAGACAUUUUACUAAUACGCUCAUAUUCGCUGUUAUUGCUUCUUUGAUCUUUAUGUUGUUUGCCUUGCGUUUGCGUAAAACCGAGAGCUGUACGCCUGGUUGGCGAGAUAUCUGGAUUGAUACAGCUUUUUGGCAUAUAUUGUUCUCUGUGCUAUUGCUGGUCAUUAUGAUUCUUUGGCGACCCACAAAUAAUAAUCAGCGAUAUGCAUUUACACCGCUGCUGGAUAAUCCAGAGGAUGAGGACGAUGAGGAUGAAGAGGAUCAGUUUGUAGCAGAUGCGUAUGGCAUUAAGAUGCGUGGCUCUCAUCAAAACGGUAAUGCACAAUCCACUAAAAACUCACGUGCAGCAACAACCACCGAAGAUGACGAUUUGCGUUGGGUGGAGGAGAAUAUACCAUCAUCGAUGGGUGAUCCAGCGCUGCCUGUGCUCGAUUCCGAUGAGGAAAUAAUUAAUACUAAGUUUGAAGUUUCCAAAAUGCAAUAAGCAGUGUACCUA